GCGAAGCGAUCCUGUUUACUAGUGACUCCAACUUUACACACAUAUCGGAAAAUUCAGUUUCAACGGCAAUUUUGUCACGACUUGACACGGUCCAUUUCUUACUUGAACUUUGUCCAGCAAAGGGAGCGAUCCUAUUUACAAGCGACUCGUACAUACAUCUGCAAAUUUUAACGAUCCGUCAAGAGUCUCUCCGAAAUGGAUUUGCAACCACGAGGUCACAUUUCCCAACCACCAUUCCUGCGCGUUAUUCUACCAAAGGUCCUCGCAAGAAGAGUACAUAAUUCCGAAAUGGCUUUGGAACCACGAGGUCAACGGGAAGAGCACGUUUCCCAGCCACCACAUCUCGCCCUUAUUCUUCCAGAGAUACUCGACGUAAUAAUGUCCUACGUCCCGACCACCGAUCUCCUCGCCAGUGUCACCCACGUUUCCCGAGGGUGGGAAGACGCCGCUCGACACCACCUCGCCUCCCGCUCCCUCGUCGACCUCACCCCCACCAACAUGCCCGCCUACCUGGACACUGCUAAAACCUGCCCCUACCCCCACAAACGUGUCCACCUCUCCGAUUUCAACUUCCCCCAAAUGUCCCCCGAGGAGUCCAAUCUUCUCCAAGCGUUCAUCUCGUCCCCCUCGACUGUCCGCAUCACCGAGCUCCACCUGGACUACUUCCCCCACGGAGGGGAACCCAUCCCCGCCCAAAUUCUCGCCCUGCUGUCGACCUCCCCCUCCCUAAAAUACGUCCACUUUUCUCCCAAAGAAUUUACCCCAGAAAUGUUCCAACCUUUCGCCAUGUGCCCGACACGUGUCAAAUUUCCCAACGUUACCAAACUCGGGAUUGACCUGCCUCAAACGCUCUACUUCGGGGACAUGUCGACAAACAUAGUUCGUUCAGUCAGCCAAGAAACUAUCCGCGGAAUCGUGGCAUUAUUUCCGAAUUUAAAAAGGCUACAGUGUGACACCCUUCCACAAGAUUUAGUGGAAUAUUUCCUCUCCGGAAACUUAUCCAUUGAGGAAAUUUCACUCAGACUGGAUAGAACAAUUAAACAACGACCACUUUCAAUCGUAUCGAGGUCAAUUUUUCUGACUCAGAUCGAAUUUAAAAUUGACACUUUUAACAAGUCGACGGAUCAUCACGCAAUUCUCGCCACGUUUGCGGAUAGGUUGGAAAAAUUGAAAAUUUCCGGGGUGGAUGUCGUCUCUCCGGAAUUUUGUAAUUUAAUUCGUGCCGGGACAAUUACGCUGCCAGAGGUGUUGCCAAAAUUAAAAAGUUUGGAAAUUUCUAUUUGUCCGGUUACUCUGUAUUGUCGAUUUUUGAGGGCCCCAAAAAAUUCCCCGAAAGUUCCUGCGCUUAAUUUGAAAUUUUCCAAGGCAGAGGAAUGUGUCCAGUAUGCUAACCAAUUUCCCGUCUUGGAAAAAUUUGUAGUUUCAAAAGUAAAUUAUUCCGCUCAUCCGCUAAAUGAGGUGGAAUGGUUUGAAAUUUCGGCAGCACUUUUAUACAAAUUUUUCCUGCAUGGAGAAUCUCUUACGGUGCAAAAUGUUCACGUUCCGCUACCUCCGAAGGGUAUGAAAAGGUUUAAACUGCUUACUAAUUUUCCUGAUUGUCAGAACAAAUUCGCUGCCGAGAGGGUAUUAUGUUCUCAAUUUUUUAGAAGAAUGGUGACAACGUUUCCAAAUUUGAAUACAAAUUUGGAAAGGGUUUGAGCGAGUUUAUGUAAAUUGUGUAGGAAUAUGUGCGGAUGUAACACAAAGAAUGCAUUCUUUGUAUUACAUCCGCACAUAUUCCUACAAUUUAUUUCGAUUCGAAUGGCGUGAAGUAGAUUUCGUGUAAGAUUGUGUGCAUUUUAUGUGCAUUUUACGCUCAGUUUAUGAAGAAGAAAGUCAAUUUUUGUUACGAAAAUGUAAUUAAUUUUUAAUAUGAAUAGUUUAUGGUUUGCAGAGAAAAUGUAUGUAUGUAGUUAAUUUUAAAUAUAAAUAUGAACGGGACAGUUUUUAUUACUAAAAUGUUGUUAAUUAUGAAUAUAAAUACUUAAUCGGAUCGGAAUGUGUGUGGUUUAGCAGCGGAUGUAAAUGGUAAAAAAAAUGAUGUGAAGUUGAUUUCUAGCUAAAACUUGUGUAUUUUAGGGAGAAAAAAUUCAGUUAAAUUUAUGUUACAAAAAUGUACUAUAUUUUUAAUAUGAAUAUG